AUGGCAUCUCUGAAAGAAUUCAACGUUAGCGAAGUGGCAGUUCAUAACUCCAAAAAUGAUCUGUUUGUUAUCAUUCAUGGAAAAGUCUACGACAUCACAAGCUAUGUACGAGACCACCCAGGGGGCGCAGACGUGUUGAUCGAUGUCGCUGGCGGAGAUGCGACAGCUGCAUAUGAAGAUGUCGGACAUUCAGAGGAUGCAAACGAGAUACUCGAAACAUACUUAGUCGGCACUGUCAAGGACGCGCAACAAUUUGUGCAACCCAAGACUGUUCGUCUCAUCCAACAAACCUCCUCCAGCGUACAGACAACCAAGAAAUCACCAUCUGUUACAAAGUCUAUUGCUGCACUUGCUGCCACGCUUGCUGCCACUGCGGCGAUCUACGUUUCCACCAAAAACCAUCGAGCCCUGGCCGACUUGGUCGCGAAAUACUCUCCGGCAUCCUGGCGAAUUCCCAAUGCUCAUCUUCCAUACACAAGUAUUUUGAGCGGUGGGUUUUCGAGUGGAUUCGCCGCUGCUACUCUAGCGUGUGCGACUGUUGGUGGGACUAUCGGAAACAAGCUUUCGAGUUUCACCAAGAUCGAGUCCGGCUUCACGAAGUACCGUCCCCACGUCAAAGCUGCUUCUAUGAAAAAGCAAAACCCGCAUCUUGUGAAGGGUUUCCUUGAGCCCAAGAACUACAAGAAACUCCUACUGGUCCAGAAAGAAGAGUUGGCGCCCAACGUGUAUCGUUUCGUGUUUCAGCUUCCAAGCCCGCAGGAUGUGAUUGGACUCCCCAUCGGCCAGCAUGUUGCUAUCAAAGCAAUGGUCAAUGGGGCCUCUGUGUCGAGAUCUUACACUCCAACAUCCAACAAUUUAGAUCUUGGGAGACUAGAACUGGUCAUCAAGUGCUACCCAGACGGUCUUCUGACUGGCCAAUAUCUCGCAGCUCUAGAAGUGGGAGAGAAAGUUGAAUUCCGAGGCCCAAAAGGCGGAAUGAAAUAUCACAGCGGUCUCUGCAAAAAGAUCGGCAUGAUUGCCGGUGGAACUGGAAUUACUCCCAUGUACCAACUCAUUCGAGCGAUCUGCGAGGACGAUCGAGAUACGACUGAGAUCAGCUUGAUCUACGCCAACCGAUCUGAGAAUGAUAUUCUUCUUCGGCACGAGUUGGAAACUUUUGCGCGGGCUUAUCCUAAGAACUUCAAGCUGUGGUACAUGCUUGACCAUCCUUCUGAGGACUGGGCUUAUGGCAAGGGAUAUGUCACACCGGAUGUCAUGGCUGCGAGGUUGCCUGGGCCAGCACCGGAUACGAAGAUCAUGCUUUGUGGGCCGCCAGGUAUGGUUAAUGCUUCGAAAAAGAGCUUGGUCGCGGCAGGAUUCAAAGCACCUGGUGCUGUUGCAAAGAUGACGGAUGAAAUUUUUUGUUUCUAG